AUGAUAGAUAAAGAUAUAUCUAGAUUAUUUUUAGGUGAUCUUGUGAGGAAGAAUCAAUUACACUACGGAACGGAGUUCUAUAGGUGUACGAAUAUAACUGAAGCAGGUAUUACAUCUAGUCUGAAAUCUGGUAGUAGUUUGGGGGAAAAGAGGAAGAGUCUCGCCAAUAUGAUCCAGGAAGAACUUGGUGAACCUACACUGGUAUCAGGUCAUCUCUCACGCCCAGUUAGCCGUAAUGCUUUCAGCGAUGUUGAUCCAAUGGGUACUCCUGAUUCUGAAGUGACACAAUUGCACAGUGGAUUAAACUCUAUAGAUGGCAUACAAUCCAGGAUUACUACCCCCGGGCUAGUCAGGGUUCAAGGUUCUGGAUCAUCCCUUUCUCAUACAUUUGCAUCGGCUGUGGGUUCAUCUAUACCAAGAAGUACUACCCCUGAAUCUCAUCUGACAGCCAGGGCUGUUGGACCUGGUUUUCCUCCAGUAGGAGGAAGAGGUAGUUUAGUUGACCAAAACAAUGUUCUUGACGCAAACACCUUCAAUGGUCUUCCUUCAAGAACUGAGGAUCGUGCUUCCAUUGCAGCUUCUUUGUUUGGUUUAAGCCUGUCUAAAACUAGACUUGUUGAUGAAGUUGGUCACGACCUAUCCCAGCUUAAACGGGAAUUUGAUGUCCAGCCUAGUUUCCAUAUUGGUAUGCCAAAUGAUCAUAGUCAGAGCCUGCAGAAUGAUCUGGUCAAGAAGACUGAGGCCGUAACACUGCCAAUUCCUUCCAUAUACAAGGAGUUGGCAAACAACCACAAUCUCACAGAUACAAGUGUUUCUGAGAUGAAUAGCAAUGCGCAAUCAAACUUCAGAAAAGGAACAUCUGCUUCUGCUAAUGUGUACAAGAAAGGACCUUAUGCUGGGUCUGCAAGUUUUGACCAAGCUGUUCGCUAUCAGAGUACAGAUAUGCCAGAUAGGAGCUUCCCUGGCCAUAUGCCUGAGACAUAUCCCAUCAAUGAUGGACAGGAUUCAGUUAAUCAUUUCGAUACAGGUGCAAAUUUUUCUAUCAGUAUGGGACGAAGUCUAGAUGGAAACAGAAAUCAAGUGAGGUCUGGCUCUCAGGUCCCAAUUGUGGACCCUCUUUAUGUACAGUGUAUGCAAAGAGCUUCUGAUCACACAGCACAGGCUGCAACAAGCCCACAAGACCCUUUCUCAGGAAGGAAUUAUUCACAUGUAGAUAUGAUUGCGCUUCAUAGGGCUUAUCUUGAAGCACUAAUUGCCCAACAGAAUCCCUAUGGCAUGCCAUUUUUGGAUAAAUCUAGUAGUUUGACUCAUCCAUACUUAAGGAGUCCUGCAUUUGGUCACGGCAUGAAACAUUCUAGGAACCUAAUGGCCAGAUCUAUUCCUUCAGUGGUAUCUGGAAGCCCCAUGUUACAGAAUCAGAGGAUCUCUAGUUUUCCUUCUAUGUUGAGGGGCACAACUGGAGGAUCUCUAGGAUCUUGGCUCUCUGGUGAUGGUGAAAAAGUAGAAGAAAGCUAUGGAUCAUCCUUAUUCGAAGAGUUCAAAACCAACAAAGCCAGGAGUUUUGAACUCUCGGAAAUUGUUGAUUAUGUGGAUUUUACUGAAGGAGGUGGUUUCGAUGAUAAAGGUGUUAGUGUUGGUGAAGGUGAUAAAGAAGUUGAUAUUAGUGGUAAAGAGCCAGGAGAGGAUCCUUUUGGCAAGAGCCAAACAGAAAAGAAGCAGCGGUUACGGAAUCUAUUAAGUGAGCAUGGUGAUAACAUUCCUAGUGGUUAUUCGCAAAAGCUACUUGUAGCUCAUUCUCUCUUCUUUGAGGGGAUGUUUCUGUCGCUAACUUGCAGGGCUUCGGCAACCCUGUACCACUAG